AUGCCUUUAUUUCAUUUAGAUAUUACUUCUAAUGAUAUUACUUAUUAUAGUUUGCUUAGCCAAAGACCAAACCUUAAAUCAAAAUUCAAUAUAAUACUUCAGAACGCAUUAUUAUUAUAUCAAGGUAUUAUUAUGGAUUUAAAACCUGCUUCUAUAGUAAAUGCUGGUAAAUUAUUAUAUCAACUAGGUAUUGACAGAACAUUUCUUUUUCACAUAUUAUAUAAUUUAGCUCAAAAAUUAAAGGAUGGAAAUUUAUAUGCUCUUUGUGGAGGAAUAGUAGAGUAUGAUGGAAUAAGUAAUGACUUACGUGAAAAAUUGUCAGAUGCAAAAGAUAAUGAAGAGUUUGCAUAUAAAUUAUAUAGUCUUGCUGCUUCUUAUGAUAGUAAUGAUGGAUUAAUAAUGAAGUUAACAAUGGAUAUAAAAAAUGGUAAACUUCAUAAUGUUUCUAAACUUCAACGUAUGAGCGAGUUUAGUCAACUUGCUAGCUAUCAACUAGUCCAAUUAGAAAGAGAUAAUUAUGUUACAAUACAAAAUAAUAAUAUACAAAUAACUAAUAUAUGGAUAGAAACACUUUCUACUUUUGUUCAUUUCAUGAAAAGAAAUAAUCGUUUAAUACUUUCGAGUAUAGAAGAGUCAUUUCAAGAAAGUUUUAUUCCAUUUUUUUUAUUAGGAGAAUUAGCAAAUGAUAUAUCUGACACUAACCCAGAAGGUUCAUGCAUUCUAUGGAAAUAUUUAUCAGAUGUUGGGUAUGACUAUGCUACUAUGAGUCUUAUUAGUAUUUUAUCAGAAUCUUCUUUAGCAAAAGAAUAUCAUUCUGCUGACUUAUCUUUAUUUGUUAGAGAUCUUAUUACUAAAGUUCAAUCAUCACCUAAGGCUAAAAACUUAUCUAAAGAUUUUGAAGGAUGGUUAUAUAAACAAUUAUCUAAAAUAAGUUUUAGUUUAAAUAAGAUAGAUGAAGGAAAAUCGUAUUUGAUUAAAGCGUCAGCUAACCAUGAAGUUAAUUCAUUAAUUUCUCUUAUACUAAUGUACCAAUAUGGGGUAUAUUUUGACAAAGACGAAGUACGUGUAGUUGAAUUAUUAGAAAGUAUUAAACCUGAAAAAAAUUUACAAAUGAUACUCAAAACAAAUAACAUCUUCUUUUAUGAAGAUAAGUAUGGAAUGACAUAUUCAUUACUUUGGAUUAACUACUUAGUAGAUCAAUUCUUUUUCAGAGUGUUGGAUAGAAUUUAUUUAAUUAUUGGAAUUAUAAUAUUUGCGUUAAUUUUAAAAUAUUUCAUUAAAAGAAUAUCAACUAAUUAA